CACUGCGAACCAAACGGACGAUGGCAGACGGCAAGUUGAACUCUGUGGGUGUCACUGUUUGUUGUAAUAUUGAUGUUGUGGAGCUGUGGGAGCUGUAGUUGCCGCAUGUGAAAGUGUAAAUGUGAUGUGGCUACGUUGUUGUCAAAAAGCGAGGGGUGAAUUUAUUGUAUUGACGACACGGAAUUGGAACAUUGAAGAGCAGCAGUAAUAUAAUUGUGAACUGGCACAGAGGUGACCUAAUACAGGUACCUCUAACAGCAAAUUAUUCAGUAACAAGUUACGCAUUGAAUGGUUAGUGCCGGAAACGGGUUCUCGGUUCUCGCGCUGCGUUAUUCGCUGCGGUUUUUUUGCGCCAGCGGCUGUCAAAUAAGACAAGCUGAAAGAAAACAAAAGAAGAGGGGAUUCCCAAAAAAACAGACACCUUAACAAAAAAUUACUACAACAAUUAUACGCGGCAUUGUAAGCUAUUAGAAAUGUACGGUGUCAAAUAUGUUUUAAAGCUCUAACAUCUCUAAAACGCCGGUCGCAACGACGUGGGUGGUAUAACGUGCCACCGGACCCCAUUCAUAUCGUUAACUGUUUCCAUAUUUGUAUGAAUAUAUGAAAAUAUUGAUUGAUCAGCACACGAAUUCAUUAAAAUAAUUUCAUUUGUGGGAGUUGUUUCUUCUUCCCGAUCACUUGGCUUGUCAGUCACAAGUUAAAUGUGUAUAUGUAUAUAUAUAUACACAACUUCGUAACUUCGUAGACCAUACAACUUUGUGUGUAUGUUAUGAAAAAUGUUGUUGAACUUAUCGUUUAUAUUACGAAAUAUACAUAAAUAUAACAUUUGUGUAUAUGUGUAUGCAUUGCUAUUUAUUUGUUCGUGUCAUUAGAAAAGUAAAGGCAUGUAGUUUAACAUAAAAAAAAAUAUAUCUGUUUUAAGUGCAUAAUUGAUAUGAAUCUGAGUGCAUCUAGCAUGCUUUAAAAAGACUUUCAAAGUACUUUAAAAGCGUUUGGUUCGAAACCCUAAACUUUGCAAAUACGUUUAUUCGAGCGUUCGUUCAUAACUACCGGAGCUUAUUCCUUAUCAAGCGCAAUUUUUCGCGAGUAUUCGUCCGUGUUUUUAUCAUUUCUUUGGAUUGUGUUUUUAAUUUUUGCAUGAACAUAUCACUUUCAUAUGCCCACACAUUGAAAGUGUUUUGUGUACAGUGUAGUGUUUUUGGGUCAUCUUCUAGAAUUGUGAUAUUCACUUGCGUUAUUUGGCUUAACGAGGAUUACGAUAAAUACAUUGAAGUGCGAAGGGAUAGACGGCUGUUGCUGAAGUACAACUACUUGCAUUCCUAAUUAGCUUCCAUCAUUCCGAUCGCCGUUAUACCGUUAUAGGAACAUCGUUUUCAUUGUCAUCACUGCCGAAUGCAAACUAUCCAACUGGGAAAGCUAUCGCUGUUGGCAGCCCAUUCUCCUUGACGUUAAGGGGAUGCAUUCACCAUUGCAUUGCAAAGAGCCACAUACAUAUACGCUUUUCAAAAUCACCAGUGGCAACUGGACAACUGAAAGCAUUAGCAUAAAAAGACCAACUGUGUAGAGAAAACUGCAAAAAAUUAUCUUUUCGACUUUCAAUUUGUAAGACAUCGCACAUUGCAGUGUUACCACAGUUGUGCACGCACCUUGAAUACAACUUAACUUAAAAGGUUGAUGCCACCGAAACCGGUAGGACGCGUACAAAUUACGUGAAUGCCAACGUGAGAGCAACAUGAAAACAUUAAAACGCACAAAACCAACAUGAACGGAAGAGCAAAAAGUAAACUUAAUUAGAAAAAUUUGUCGCACGUCUUUACCUGCGUGAACUGCUAAUAAGAGUAAGAAGCUUUGGCACUGAAACUGCACAAUCUCUACUUCCGAUGGCAAGUUAAGGAUAAAUACAAUAAAAUUCCAAUUAAAAUAAAGCUCCUUGUCAUUUGCAGCACACAAAAAACCGUAAUAGUAAAACUGCAAUUACGCCGUAUGAGACUAUUCAUCUUCUUUCUUUUUUUUAUGGCCAUGUAGACCAAUAAUCCACCAAAAUAGUGACCCUUAAACAAACUUUAACGCUAUUUAUAUCAUCAGAGCUGUGAUACACCAAAAAAAGAAGAUAUCUAAAUGGAAGACACACACAAAAUCACGAAGGAAAGCAAAACUGAAUAAACAAAGAAAAGCAAAGGCCAAAUAAAUUGCAAGUAGAACAUAAAAACGUAAAAGGCACAUUCAUAUCAACUUAAGCAGAUAUACAAGCAUAUAUGUUUAUUUGUUGUACUAGGCCAUAAGCAACAUUGGUUGACGAGGCAGCAGAGCAUAAAAAAGGACCUAAGCAGUAGAUUUUUUCUUAUGGGACCACUGGCUGAGAAAAUUGUUUUUAAUACUGCAAAACGGCCCAACUAUCGCCCAUUGCCAUAAUAAGUAAUUUCGCUGAGAAACAACACAACAGUUGGCGUCGAGCUGCGUCAGCGUUAAAGGACUUGGCAAGUGAUCGGUCUAAAACCAUUCGGAGCGGGAUUUAAAAGCAAUCAGUGACGUGCGCCCAAUUGCCGUCAACUUUAUUUGAAGCAUUUGCUGGCGUUGCGCUACAAACAUAUGUUCAGCUCUAUACAAAUCAGUGUGUGUGUUGAGGUUGGUGUUCACAGGACAUACAUUCAUUUCACGCGAGGUGCUGUGAGGAACGACGCCAAUCGGCAACAAACCGCUGACUGGCAGCUACAAAAGAAAUAGGUUGGUCAACCCAAGCGUAAUUUAUAAAAACGAACUGCCAAAUCCGGCACACGCAGCCAAAUAGCAAAGCAAACGGUCAGAACGCACAUUCUUUUGCGUUUUUUUACCAUUUAUUUUGAAACUAUUAACACGCACCCGAGAAGCCGGUCGGCCAGGAGUAGGUUCGCACAAAUACAUAAAUACAAACGCACGCAUAAGCUCACAGGACAGCAUUCAAGCACACUCAUCGCGAUAUCAUUAAUUUAGAACGGCAUGGCAACGACAAUGUCUGCAACAACCCAGAAUACUUCUAAUAAAGCGGUGCGGAUGGAGGAAGUGAAACAUUCAAGUUCAUCGCUGUCAUCGUUAAUCACAUGUUUUAUAUCCUGCUUCAUCUUGGUAGUGAGUUGCGUUUGUCCGCCAACAGAAGGAGCGUCGGCAGUUGCCGCUGCGGCAGCUUCGGCAACAUCGACAGCAUCAGCAGCAACAAUGAUAGCUAAGGUAGUUGUAGUUGCCAAUGGUAGCGAAGACAGUAUAACCACUAUUGCCGGUCAAGGAGGUAGUCGUCUGGUUGUUUUGAGUAUGGACGGCAUCGGAGGCAACGACAACACUUUGAGCUGGGAUCAUGCCGUCGAUUUGAAUGAGGAUUUUCGCAUUUUAUGGACAAUCAUUAAUCAGGAUAUUACAUUCGAAAUACAAGCACGUACGCUGGGUUACGUUGGAUUUGGUUUCUCGCCCGACGGCAACCUCGCUGGCUCUGACAUCGCCAUCGGAUGGGUAGACAAGGGUCAAACAUAUUUUCAGGAUCGUCACAUCACAACAAAUGUCAACGUAGAACCUUUAGUGGAUCCAUCUCAGGACUAUAUUCUUAUGUUGGGGUAUGAAAAUACAACACACACUGUAUUGAGAUUUCGUCGAAAAUUAGACACGUGCGACAAAUUGCAUGACAUCGCUAUAACGAAUAAUACUAUGCGAAUAAUUUAUAUGUAUCAAAGCCGCGAUCCACCUCAUGGAUCAGUUCAAUCUGGAACAUUACCUGAUCCGGACUCCGCUUUUCGACCAUAUCAUCCAAUGGUUCUUACCCAAAGGGCACACAUUCAUUUUCGUAAAGAUGAUCAAAUACGACAAAUGGAGCUACGAAAUGAAGAUGUAGCACUUCCAAACGGAGACAGCGCAUUAUCUUGGUGCAAAAUGUUCAAAUUAGAAGAUAUUAAUCGAAAACACCAUCUUAUAAAGUACGAACCGAUAUAUGACUCAUCGGCAAGCAUACAUUAUUUACAACAAAUUACGCUGUACGAAUGUCAAGGAUCACUGCCAGAUCUUGAGAAAAUGGCACGAGAGCAGGGACGACAAUGUAUUGGCAAUCGUGAUAUGCCUUUAGCGUGCAAUGCUAUUGUCUCAUCAUGGUCUCGCGGUUCGGAGGGCUUUACAUUUCCGGAGGACGCGGGUUACCCCAUCGAAUCCGAUGUUGCCAAAUAUUAUCUGAUGGAAACACACUACAACAAUUUACAACCUAAUAAUUUCCAGAGCUAUAAUCGUCAAAUGGCUGAUAAUUCCGGCUUAAGAAUUUACUUCACCCACGUACUGCGUCCGAAUGACGCUGGCAUUCUUUCAAUUGGUAUGGAUCCAAAUUGGCGACACAUAAUUCCUCCCGGUCAAAGGGAAGUAAUCUCUGAAGGCCAAUGUAUUGAAGAUUGUACAGCCUAUGCUUUUCCUGCGCAGGGAAUAAACAUUUUUGCGGUGAUGAUGCGAACACACCAAAUUGGCAAAAAGGUUAAGCUUCGGCAGAUCCGACAGACUGAAGAACUUUUUCCAAUCUUGAUGGACACCAACAUCGACCCAACGUAUCAAGAAUUUCGCCAUCUGCCUGCUCCAGUGCGGUCUUUGCCUGGGGAUCGGCUCAUUGUUGAGUGUAUUUACGACAGCUCCACACGAAAAGCCAUUACCCUUGGUGGCCUGACUAUGAAAGAGGAGAGUUGCACGGUACUGACACUUUAUUACCCGCGCCAAAAGGAACUUACCACAUGUCACUCCUUACCAAGUUUACCAACGGUGCUCCACUCGCUAGGAAUCGAAGAACUUGCAACCGAUUCCAAUCCAGUAUUGAUUUCUUCACCGCCGGAAUUAGCUGGUAUGACGCUGGAGGCACGAUUAAUUUCUUACGACUGGCAAAAUCAAUUUGAUGAGUUUCAAGAGGCAACUAGAAGUGGAUCUUUUAAGCCUCUAUGCUGGGGCGCAAAAAAUCAUGUUAUACCAGGCUCAGAGUACCUCGAAGGAUACAACAUAAACAUAACAAAAACAUUUAAGCAGCACCAAUACUGUAAACCAAAGCAACGCUUAUUUGUCGCUGAGAAUGUGGGGCAAAUGGACCUUGAGUUGCCUGUGCUUCAUGAAAUGGACAACAAUAAUAUCAUUGAGGGAGCAGCAAGGAGCAGUCGUAGUUCUGCAGCCACCGAAACGCAAGGAUUAAGCAAAGCCCAAGACUAUAGUAGAAGUUUUGCGACAACUUUCUGGUACGCGUGUGCUUUCAUUAUUCUACAGCGGCACAACCGAUGGUACCUUAUUUGAAGAACAUUUUAAGUGUUCCCAUUCCAAUACUUUCAUCUGACUAGCCACUCGACGCUGAUGUCAUUACAUGUACUCUGCUCCCCCCAAUCCUCAGAUGAAUUAUGUAGCUGCAUGGAUUUCUCGUAUUUUUGUUACAUUAGGGUGUAACUGUGAAUGAUUACAUAUUGGUACCGGUUUUAUGAAUUAGAAAUAAAAGUGAACAUCGCAUUUAUCGAAAUCGCUUAUCGAAAAUUCAUAUAUUUUUAAUAUAAAUAAAAUGUUAAUUUUAUCAACUCUGUGCUUGGUAGUGCAGCAUUGAUACAGUCGAAUGGGCGCAUUACUGUGAAGUCCACAACUGAGUGUCCGGAGUACCGAUGUUGUAGUGCAUCUGCCUCUAUGAAUUGAGUAUUCAGAAAUAUUGUGACCGUUUCAUUAUUCAAGUCCUGAGCAAGUAAAACAUAUACACUCCUCGUCAAUAUGUUAGACGCACCCGUACUUACAAUAGUAUGCAGCUUAGCUAUUUUGUUGGAUUCAAUUAAAUAAAAGUUAAUGUGCAAAAGCCAAUGUUAUUGAAUGAUAUUUCGGGAGUAAUCUUCAAAAGAUUUACAAUGAUUAACAAAAUCGUGUUUUUUCAAACAUUUUUUAGAGCAGUUUAAAAUAAUGUCAACUUUUCUUGGUCACUGAAAUAUACGCAGUUAAAGUAAUUAAUUUUUGGAACAAAAAUAACGUUUUUUAAUUUUUAUUUUUAGUGAAUGCCAAUAUUAGACUCAUUAGGAUUGAAUAAAUAAAUAAUUUUGCUUCUUUUGAUCUUUUAAUAAUAGAAAAUCUGAAUGUGGUUUUGAAACGCUCACCGUUCAUUUUCUAAUCAAUAAAAAUAAAACCAAUUGUUCUAUAAAACGUGAUGUCAACCCGUACCAUUACCCACUUAUGAUGGCGGCUUAAACACACUUCUUCUUUUGGGUAAAUAAUGAAAAUUGUAAUGGAAGCCGUCGGGUCCCUCUGAAUUAAAACGUUUUUAUACUCUCGCAACCUGUUGCACAGAGUAUCAUAGUUUUGUUCACAUAACGGUUGUUUGUGUCACCAAGAAAUAUAAGAGUUAGAUAUGGGGUUAUAUAUACAUAAAUGAUCAGGAUGACGAGUAGAUUUGAAAUCCGGAUGUCUGUCCGUCCGUCUGUCCGUCUGUCCGUCUGUCCGUGCAAGCGAUAACUUGAGUAAAAAUUAAGAUAUCUUAAUGAAACUUGGAACACAUGUUCCUUGGCACCCUGAGGAGGUUGCUUUCGAAAAUGGGCAAAAUCGGUCCACUGCCACGCCCACAAAAUGGAAACCGAAAACUUAUACAGUGUCAUAACUAAGCCAUAAAUAAAGUUAUGAAAAUGAAAUUUGGAACAUAGGAUCCCAUUAGGGAGGGGCACAUUUGGAUGUAAUUUUUUUGGAAAAGUGGGCGUGACCCCGCCCCCAAAUAGGUUUUUUGUAUAUAACUCGCAAACCAAUAAAGCUAUAUAAGCCAAACUUUCUGCAGUCGUUUCUUUUAGCCAUUUCCUUAUACAGUCCAAAAAUGAAAGAAAUCGGAUAAUAACCACGCCCACCUCCCAUACAAAGGUUAGGUUGAAAAUUACUAAAAGUGGGUUAACUCCCUAACGAAAAACGUCAGAAACACCAAAUUUUACAUAAGAAAAGGCAGAAGAAAGCUGCACUGAGAUUUUUUUACAAAAUGGAAAAUGGGCGUGGCGUCGCCCACUUAUGGGUCAAAAACCAUAUCUCAAGAACUAUUCGACCGAUUUCAAUGAAAUUCGGUACAUAACACUUUCUUGACACCCUGAUGACACGGGUGGAAUAUGGGCGAAAUCGGUUCACAACUACGUCUACUUCCCAUAUAACCCAAUUUUGAAUUCCAUCUGAUUCGUUCACUUUAUAAUGUAUUCAUAAGGAACCAAUGAAGCUAGCGGAAUAAAACUUUACACAAAUACUGUAUUUGAGCUGUGACAUCACUUGUGGAAAAAUUGUCAAAAUCGAACCAUGACUUUUCAAGGCCCCUGAUAUCAAACAUGAAGAACUCAGUGCCUAAGGUUAAUUUUUCACCGAAAAUAUAGGUAAAUCCCUCAGAUAUUUUAAUGUAAUUCAUUCCCUCUGAAUUUUUUUCUUAUAACAGUUUCUCUCUGUACCUGAAAUGGUAAAAAUUGGGUCAUAACUUCCCCCAGAUCCCAUAUACCUAAUUAUAAGUAAUAUUAAAUUAAGUGAGCGUAUAGUCUUCGGUACGUUGUAUCUUGGUGGUGAAAACGAGUGAAAUCGGUUUAGGAAUUACCUCAGUCCCCAUAUACUAUUUAUGAUGAUUUUCGUUAUUCUAUUGAACUUUAUGCCGAAUAUAUGGGUCGAAUUGUGUUGUCUUUAUAAAAUUACAUCAAUAAAUUGCGAGAGUAUAAAAUGUUCGGUUACACCCGAACUUAGCCCUUCCUUACUUGUUCAUUAGUAAAAACAACUGAACACCAAUCAUUGAGUCGAGUGUCAUUUACUCCUUCUAAUUCCCUGUUCUUGGAAGCCCUCUAAGUGGAAUUGGAAGCAAUUUUAACAAUUUUAUAAUCUGAUCGUGAUUAGUUCCGCCAAACUUUUUUCAUAUUCCUCUGGAUCUUUUAAAUAUCUAUCAACAGUUCUGGAGCAGCACUCUAUUUGUUUGGCAAUAUUUCGAAUAAUUUGGCAAUAGUCCUUGUAAGUGAAAUUAGUCUAUUUUUAGACGUUUCAAUGGACUCAAAACAUUAACUAUUGCUAUAUUUUUUCUUUCAAAAAUUUCUAAAAAACCAAUUGAUUUCUUAAUAAGUUUUUUAUUAAUGAAAAUAAUUGCUCUUUUCUCAAAAGACAAAAAACGUGAAGUACGUAUAAUUCAAUGACCAACUGAAACCCUACGUGAAUACAUCGAUGUUUUUAAAGUCUUCGCAUCCAAAGCUUUGCAAACCGACCACCCACGAGCAGUUUUUAAUUGUUUGGUCAACUAAAACAUACCUGGUACUAAAUAGAACAACUUUUUUUUAGAUUCUUUACAUAUAAAUGGAGAAUUAGAUGCUAUUCGAAUCAGAAAUGAAAUAUUUCAAAGUUAACAAAUAGUUUUUUUAUCGUUUUUUUAGUGAUUUUGCUGAAAAAGGCAAGCACCAUCUAAAUAUUUUAUAAAUAACCAAAUCCGACUGAAAAGUGAUUAAAUUAUACAUAACUCUGUUUAAUUCAUAUAUAUAGUCGUAUGAUUAAAUAUUUAAUAAACAUUCACUCAUACAUAUAUAUAUUUCUAUGCUCAUAUCACAUAGUGUAUUGCGAAGCAUGUUAGUGUCUGUACUUUACAAUAAUUUAUUUUAAGUUCCUACUCUCUAAUUAACUAAAACGGUUCUAAAUACAGUCAUUCAUAGUAGUUAUGUACAUACAUAUACAAACUAACGAAUAUUACAUUUUAUUACAGUAAAAGCCGCAUAUGCAUAUUUUUAUAUGAACUAACUGACUAUGCAGUAUAUUUCAUUAAAUAAAAUUUGUGUUUAAUUGUAUUUGUAAACAGUUCAAAUUGUACUAAUCAUUUCGUUUUGUUAUGUACAUUAAAGAACGUUAAAUAAAAUCAAUUUACGAGAAUGGACCGGAAUGAUUUAUUAAAAUUAUACAAAUAGUGAUUCAUUUAUACUUACUCAUGUACAGAUAGUGAAAUAUACUAUACUUACUUAUGUACAUAUAUACGUUUAGUGCGCAUAUUUAAAUAUGGCUAUUCGGGUUCCUAAAUACCAAAGUUGGCAGUUACAUGUGUAUAAACAUGUUACAUAAUUAUUUAUGUAGUUGCAUAUAUGUAGUACGCACUGGAAUGAAAUAACUGAAUAUUCUCCCAGUGUAUGGUCGGUCGUUAGUGCGAUAGUUACGAAUGAAACCACAUUCGUACUACACUCAUUAUAAUAAAACAACAGACGCCUUUUGACAAGUAAGCGGCAUAUUUAGGACUUCGAAUGCUGGUGUCAAUUAUUUCACACAUACAGACAGGUUCACAAAUUCACUUUCAAUCCGAUAUUUGGACUUUUACACUCGGAUCGCAGAACCUGCCUGAUAAAUUUAUUUUACUUUCAUUGUUGGAUUGAACAUAAACGUGACCGAUUGAUUUCAAAGGGUAUGAAUUCUUACAGGUGCAAAUGUACUUACCCCAUAUAUUAUAAACGUAAUUUUACAUACUUAUCUAAGGUUCCUUCACAUCACAGUUUGGCUAAAUUAUUAUAUACUGUAGGGUCAUACCUCGAACCAUUGGGGUACCAUAAAUUAUUUUUCAAAUUUGAAAAAUCACGGUCAACUAAAUGAGAAUAUCGCAUCAAUUAUUUUAGAGCCGAAUUUCUAUUUAUUAUUCAAUCGACAUAACAUAUGAACUUAUACGUAUACUGUUGUCCUGGAUUACACUUAGCAUAAUAAUUUUAAGUGCUUUGCUGCCAUUUGUAAAAUGAUGCAAACAAAGUGCAUAAAUAAAAGCUGCGCAAAUUUAUAUACAUACAUACAUAUGUAUGUACAUAUAAAUUCAUAUGUCCGGUUUACUGCAGAAGUGAGUAUAUAUAAUAUACUUGAGUGUAUAUGGAUAUGACCAAAUAUUAAUUUGAAAAUGUUUAAGCGUUUAUGGCAUACCGACUGCAUAAAGGGCUGAAAAGCUUAAAGCAUUGAUUUAACAACCGUAAAUUUGUCUAGGAUAACUAUGUUUUUAGAUAAAAUUAGUGAAAUCGUCGAUUUUAAGGUACAUAUAGUCGUAUUUAAGUUAAAUACAAAUAUAUUCAUUAAUUUUGAAUUCAAUGGUGUUUUUAAAUAUGCUAUUGACAAAGCAUACAACAAUGACUUCAUAUCAGUUCAAGAUCUCUACUUUAUCUGUCAGUAUAUUAAAUUUCAUAUGUUAAAAAAUGCGACAUCCUUUAAAUGAUUUCCAGAAAGCGCUGAUCAAGUUUAUAUAAACUCUUCUAACAAAUUAACUCGAGAAUUUGCAAUAGUUCCUUCAAUAUUUGGAGCUCUGCGCACUCAAAGGUAAAGUUCGCAAACUAUCGAUGGCACUAUCGAUGGUGUAUACAAGGCAGAAUUAAAAAAAAAAUUCUUAUAUUCAUAUUAUUUUUCGUAAUUUCGAUAUUGAGUAAUAUAAUAGUUUAUGUUAACAAAGUUGAUAAAGAUAGUAUUAUAGUUUUGUUCACAUAACAGUUGGUUGUAAGUCCUAAAACUAAACGAGUUAGAUAUAUGGUUAUGUAUAUCAAAAUGAUCCGGGUGACGAGUGCAGUUCAAAUCCGGAUGUCUGUCUGUCCGUCCGUCCGUGCAAGCUGUAACUUGAGUAAAAAUUGGAAUAUAUUGAUGAGACUUGGUAUAAGUAUCUCUUGGCAUCAUUAGAAGGUUAAGCUCGAAGAUGGGCGAAAUCCACUGCCACGCCCACAAAAUGUCGAUAACCGAAAACAAAUAAAGAGCUAUAACUAAGCCAUAAAUUAACCUAUGAAAGUGAAAUUUGGUAUGAAGGGGCACAUUGUAAUUUUUUGGGGAAGUUGGAGUGGCCCGCCCCUUACUCAGUUUUUUGUACAUAUCUCGUAAACUACUAAAGCUUUAACAACCUAACUCUCUAGAGUCGUUUCUUUUAGGUACUACCUUAUACAGUCCAAAUAUUGAGGAAAUCGGAGGAAAAUGCUUUAAUUCAAUAAGGAAAACCACCAGAAACCUUAAAUUUCAUUAUAAAGAUAAGGUACAGAAGAACUGCACUCAAAACUGUAUACAACAUUUUAUACGGGUCCGCCCACUUAUGGGUCAAAAACCAUAUCACCGAUACUACUCGACCAAUUUCAAUGAAAUUCGGUUCAUAAUAUCUUCCUGGCUUCCCAAUGAUAUGUUAUGAAAACAGUCCAAUGUGGUUCACAACCACGCAUAUUUCCCAUACACCAGAACUUUGAAGUCGAUCUGAAUCGUUUACUUUACAAUCUCUAAAGCAAGCACUAAUGAAGAUAUCGGAACAGAACUUUGCACAAAUUCUGCAUUUAUAGUGAGACAUCGCACUUCUAAAAACCGCCGAAAUCGGACCAUAAGAAUUCAAGGCCCCAUAUAUCGAACAUAAGGACCUCAGAGCUUCAAAUUAUUUUUUUACCGAAAAUAUAAGUAAGUCUCUCAGAUAUUUUGAAGAAAUUCAGACGGAAUAUUUUUCUUCUAAUAAUAUGUAUCCGUGCAAUGCGUGAAAUUGGGUAAAAACUUCCCCUAGCUCCCAUAUACUGAAUAUUAAGAUUUUCAAACUUUCAUACCAUAUAUAUGCCGAAUAUGUGCGUCAAAUUGUUUGUUAUAUUCAUAAAAUUAAAUAAAUAAAUUGCGAGAGUAUAAAAUGUUCGGUGACAUUCGAACUUAGCCCUUACUUACUUGUUACUAAUUAAUUUGUAUUUUUUGUCGAAGUAGAUCAAGUUAUCACUGAAACAGACUGUUUUGAAUUUUACGAAGAGAUGUUGUAUAUAUAUCCCAGCAACAUUUAUAAAAUCGAAGCGCAUGUUAAUAUGUUAUUUUUUGCGGAAAACAUUGGAUUAAUCAAAAAUAAAUAAUAAUUAUAAUUAAAAUUAUAUUUUUUGAUAUAAUAUGCUAAAUAAUUUAUAUCUUAACUUCAUUGAUUUCCACUGUAAGAAAAAGAAAGUAUACUAUCGCUCACUAUCAAUGAUUGCAACUAUCGAUAGUUUGCGAACUCUACUCAAAGGAACUAUUGGGUCUAAAAUUUAUAUCUAAUUAAAUUAAAUGUAUAGCUAAUAAAUACAAUAAUAUCUAUUUGACCCCAAAUAACUAUGUAUGUAGUUGCAAAAUCCAAGAUCGCACUAGGAAGGGGCAUAUCUGGAUGUAAUUCUUUAAGUGAGCAUGGCCCGCUUUAUUUAGAAAAUAAGUUUUUUGUGAAUAUAUUUCAAUAAAGCUAAAUCAACCAAACGCCCACUCCCAUACAAAGGUUAGAUUGAAAAUUACUAAAAGUGCGUCAACUUACUAACAGAAAGCGUUAGAAACACUAAAUUUUACAGAAAAAAUGGCAGAGUAGAGUUGCACUGAGAUAUUUUUACAAAAUGGAAAAUGGGAACUACUUGACCGAUUUAAAUGAAAUUCGGUAUAUAAUACUUUCUUGACACCCUGAUAAUACGGAUGGAAAAUGGGCGAAAUCGGUUCACAAGAACGUCUACUUUUCACAUAACUCAAUUUUGAGUUCCAUCCGCUUCCUUCACUUUAUAAUGUAUACAUAAGGAACCAAUGAAGAUAGCGGAGUAAAACUUUACUCUGUAUAUCAUCUGUGGCUUCACUUGUGUAAAAAUUGUCGAAAUCGGACUAUAACUUUUCAAGACCGCGGAUAUCGAACAUGAAAAACUCUAGGGUAAUUUUUCACCGAAAAUAUCGGUAAAUUUCUCAGAUAUCUUAAUGUAAUACAGAGGAAAUUGUUUUCUUCUAAUAGUGCGUCUCUGUUCCAAAAAUUAUUAAAAUCGUGCCAUAACUUCCCUUAGCUCCAUAUACAUAUGUAGGUUUUCCAAGAAUACGAUGGGCUUAGUACCUAUAAAUCGGUUAAUAUGUGAAAUAUUUUAGCUAAAUUAAGUGAGCGUAUAGUCUUGGAUAUAGUGUACCGUGGUGAUGAAAAUGAGAGAAAUCGGUUCAGGAAUUACCUCAGCCCACUCCACUAUACGUUUUCUUUAAAUUAGCACAGUAUAACUUUACUGUUUGCAGGAUAAGUUUAAAUAAAAUAUUAGUUUAAUUUAUAAUAAAAAAUACAGUGGAAUUUCUCUAACUUCGAAUUAGAAAGACUUCGAGUUAUAGAAAUUUUCAUUAAAGCAUAAAUUUUUCAAAAAGUUGCAAAAUAUAGAUUUACCCACAGUUUUAUUUAUUUACUUCGCAAAAAGUUUUAUGUACAUACCUUAAAACAUGUAUUCCGUAAUAUUGUUUGUUGCAUUUUGCUAUUGUUUGACUCUUCACGUCUGUAUUCCAUGCCUUUGUUACAUGAUUUAUGAAAUCCAUUAGAGUAAUAUCAAAUUUUUUGUUCGCCUUCAUACCAAUAUAGGGACUUCUUUAAAAUCCUGCCUCGAUAGUAAAAUUUUAAAAUUUGUAUUAUGCCCUGGUCGAAAAGUUCGAUUUAUGGAAGGAAAUUUGUAUGAAAUUUUACUUCUAUUGCCACUUCAAGAGUUCGAGUUAUGGAGAUCUUCGACUUAUAGAAGUUCGAGUUAUGGAAGUUCCACUGUAUAUUUAAAAAUGCAUCCAAAGGUGAUCCUCUGUACCAAAAAAUUUAUUUAAAGCAAGCUUUAUUUACGGCUUAGUUACAGCACUAACAUUGCGGUUUGCGAUGGCAACCUUCUUACUUUAUACUCAUGUUAUCACUUACAUAGACAAACGAACAAACGACAAACAUCCGGAUUUCAACUCUUCUCAUCACCCUGAUCACUUUGGUAUAUACAUACAGUCAACUAAAACAAAGACAUGCGUCCAAAUGUGCGUUCUAUUAGUUAUUUGAAUGUAAAUAAAAUUUAUUUUAAAAAAUUAAGUUUUCUUUGAAAAAUUUCCCGAUUUCGGAACCCAAAAAAAACUUGUACAGUUUGCAUUGAAGAAGAUUACAAUGUUGUUUAAGAAAAAAAUGAGACUUUGUAUGAGCACCUUUGGCAUUUUUCAAGGCUUGCAGUCUUCCAACAAUAGAAUAUAGGUAUAUAUCUCCUGAAGAACAGUCUUAACCUCAUUUUUACUAUUAACUUUGGGUUCUGGUAGCUUUAUAUCCAUAUAGGCCCGCACAUGUUUGCCUAUAUUUUGUGGGGGAUGCGGCAGCAUUUUUUAAUGUUGUACAAUAGCCAUUCCGUAACCACUAAAGCGGAAUGCCUCAGGUCGGCCACAAAGCCAAAAUAUUUUUUUAAUAUUGCAAAGUAUCCAGUCCAAGUCAAAACAUUUCCCUAUACACGUUUUUUUUUUUUUUUUUUGAUUUACUGUACAACUUCACUAUCUAACUCGUUUAGUUGUAGGAGUUACAAACAAACGUUAUGUAAACAAAACUAUUAUACUCUGAAAGUGUGUUAUUUACCAGACAUAAAGUAAAUCAAAUAUAUUUCAAAGACAGAUAUUCAUAUCGAAAGUUAAAUUGCCAAUUGAAGCUUUAAUAUGCUCAUGAGCAUUUUUGUACUCGUAUUGUUUAAGCAGACAUAUUUACUUACUGUUUUAUAAAUUUAUUUUAAGUAUUUUCCACUAUUACUUGUAUUUACGUACAUAUGUAUAAGCGAGUUAUGUUUAUCAGCAUCAUUGCGAUUACUUGCAUCAAGAAUGAUUUGAAUAUAAAGAUAAACCUGCAAAAACAGCAAUAACAACCAGAAUAAAACUUAAUUGAGAACAAUUUA